AUGUCCUUCCUCACCCAAACGCGCAGUCAAAGCUCGCAGCAAGUAGGUCUCCAACUUUCUGUAGUACAGACUGCCAAAAAAAUUAACGAGUGGUUUAGUGCUAAUCUGUGGUGUGUUGCUACCACCACACCUCUUCACGGUUGCGCUGCCCGAGGAUGUGGCCAGGCUGAAGUGAAUGAUCAAGCUGAUGAUCCUCCUCAGUAUACCAUUGGCGGUGCCGCUGUUGAAAAGACAAUUUCGACCCGCAGCCAGCUGGAGUCUCGCAUUGUGAAACUCUGGAAGAAAGUCUGGCUGGGUCUUUAUCAGAUCGAUGACAAUGAGGAUCGAUACCAUGUCGAGCGCCUCGAGGCGCUUUCUCUCGGGGCAGGCUUGACUCGCACAUACCGACUUGGCGAGCUUCAAGUUCUCAGGCGUCAUUUUCUUCGAAGCGAGACUAACAAUGGCAUUGCUUCGCUGAAGCUUUUCCAGGGUCUGUCUCUUUCGACCCUUCUAUCUGUGAUCCAUAUUUUGGAGGCUUAUGAAAGUGAAAUUGACAACAUGAGGCUGCUCUAUUCCAUCUUGCGAAGUGGUCAGCUUGCACUGCAUGAGACUGCCGACCUAGCUCAAACUGCUGUUGUCAGGACUGAGUAUAUGGCAAUUGCGGAGCCGAUGGAGAAGCGGAUCAGACAGUACGAUAUUAGAAUGAAUGUGGUGAAUAUGAACAUCUGCGAUGAGGCAAUGGGUUUCUAUCAGCGACAAAAGGGGGAAUAUAUUUACCACAAGGCAUUCCCAGAUGCGUGGUAA